AAAAAUUAACCCCCAUUGAAGGUGUGAAGAAAAUUUCCUAAAAGCUAUGCUAACAUACCAAGUAACCAAACACACCCAAUAAUCUACCACAGACGACGUCUCAAGCUUAAAAGGGAAAACGAUAAUUGUCCAGAAGCUCUUCUCUUCCAUAGUCAUCCUGUAUGAAGUAGCAGUGUAUGAAUAAGUCCAGACCUGUCAAAUUGCUGCUUUAGGCUAGGCCUGCCAGACGUGGAGGCCACCUGUAGCAAAGAGCUUGUGAAAACUAAUUCUAUAAAUCUGAAACAAGUUUGGUUCCAGCCUAGAAUAUACCGGCAAAAUCCGGCUUCUGCCGAGAAAUCCAUCAUUCACCCGGCAAAGUCCAUGCUUCUGCAGAAAAAUCCGGCAAAAAGCACUUCAAUUUGCACCCGCGAAGCACUUUCUGGACUCCCACUCAGCGACGUCUCAGUAUUAUGGAUGAACGAGAAAUUGUUUUAAGCUACAAGGACGUUGUAUUGAGGGGUGUGGAUUUACAUGCUCUUCAGGGGCCUUGUUAUCUAACUGAUCAAAUAAUAGCUUUCUAUUUCAGUUAUCUGUCUUCCUUGUAUGAUCCAAAAGAAGAAGACAUCCUACUUGUUCAUCCCUCUGUGUCCUUUUUCCUUGCCCAUUCCCUGGAUGAAAACCUUGGUGAUUUUAUGGAACCAUUAAAACUGUCCACCAAAAAACUGGUCCUUUUCCCUGUAAACGAUUGCACAGAUUUUGAUGGGGGUGAAUCCGGAGCACACUGGAGCCUGGUUGUUUAUGACAGAACUAAGAAUAGUUUCUCACAUCUUGACAGCAUUGCUGGAGCUAAUCAUCUGCAUGCCUUGCAUAUCUAUAAGUCACUCAAGGGGUUUAUGGGACCUUCUGUUGCCACUCAACCGCCACAAUCUAUGAAAAAUGAGGAGAAGAAGAAACCACCUGCCUCAUCAUCACCUGCUCCUAUUGCUGAUGCAAUACCUGAAUUUGUUGAAGUCCCCUCCCCUCAACAGAAAAAUGGAUAUGAUUGUGGAAUUUAUGUCAUUGCAAUUGCCCGGGCUAUCUGUCAAUGGUUUUCAUCUCCCAGGAAUAAUAACAGAGAUGUUGAUUGGGUUUCUUUUGUUCAAAAGCAUGUUGAUGCUUCUGUGGAGAUAACCAUGCGUGGUGAGAUAAUUAAGCUCAUUCAAGAGUUACGUGAUGCUUGAUCAUUCCUUUCUUACUGAGUCAUUUGUGGGUGUGAUUUUACUGCCAAUAUUGCUUGGCAACUCAGUUUGUUUACAGUCUGCUAAAUUAACACGUAAGCACCAUUAGCAGCUUCUUCAAUGUGAAUGUUAACAUUUCCUAUCUUUAAUCGCAUAGAUAAAGAUAGAGAUCCAAUCUCUAUUUUAGUUUAGAGUGAAUGGCAUCUUGUAGGUGGAUAUUUAUUCAAGUUGUUGGUCUAUACUUCUAUUGAGAAACCCAGGAAAUGUUCCCACCCCAUGUGAAAACUGAGAAAUAAUUACAGAGUAUUUCUCUGCAUUUUUUUCCUUCUAAUUUUUGCUGACGUUAGUUUUUGUGCCAUUUGGGUUUUGUGUGCACCUGAUGUGGCAGCACACUGCAAUCAUCUCAGCUACCGCUGCCGCUAUUGUUUUGCCACUAUUGUUUUGCCGCCAUCGCAACCAUAUUACUUCCUUCUUGACGAGUAAACGUGCGAACACGUGCAGGAUGCAAAAUGAUGUACUUUGUGUUUACUGUGGUAUACAUUUUUCAAAUACGCAUUUGAGGUGGUUCAUAAAACUCUAUAUUAACAAAACUGUCCUGCAUUUUUCUUCACUUUUCUUCAGUGUUGGACAUUUAUGAUUCUUAAAUCUUGGAAUGAAUGCGUACAAUGAUCCUCAUUUCUAUUCUAAGAU